AUGGGCCGGGUCACGGUCCGACCCAGCCCGACGGGCAUCCAGACUAGAAACAAGGACUCGGACUUGGCACGAACCUAUGCUCGUGGUCAACUAGGUCGGGCCCGUAGCGGGUCCAAUUCGGAUCGUCAAUUUUUUGGGAAAAACUUCCGCAUCAGGCUGCCCACUGAGAAGGAACUAGAGAUGAAGGUCUCAAAGGCUGUUAAAAAAACGAGAUUUUAUGAGUCCACUUUACUGUCUGCAUACAAGGCAUAUGUGCAAAAGUUGGUGUCACUGCAAAAUCAGUCUGUCUAUAAGCGGAUUGCAAUCCGUUGCUUAUGUACUUUGCUAGCAGCCGUACCACACUUUAACUUCAGGGACAGCUUGUUGGCAGCAGUUGUUAAAAACAUUAGCUCCCAAGAUGAUGUCGUGAGAAAACUCUGCUGCACAGCAGUUAAGUCACUUUUUGCUGAUGAAGGGAAACAUGGCGGUGAGGCUACUGUGGAGGCUGUUAAAUUGAUUGCUGACCUUGUAAAAGCUCAUAACUGCAAACUGCAUCCUGAUUCUGUCGAAGUGUUUUUGUCCUUGUCCUUUGAUGAAUCGCUUGGAAAAUCAGAAAAAUCAGAAAUGGAUAAAAAAAACCACAACAAAAAGUCCAAGAAGAGGAAAGGUUUGGAUGAACCAAACCAAGUUCUUGAGAAUGAUAGAAAGAAAGUUAAGAAAGAGAUGUUGUCAAAGACAAGGGAGGAGGUAAGUGCAGAGUUAAAAGCUGCUUCAUAUGCUCAAGAUCCUCAAGAGAGAAGAAGGAUGCAGUCACAGACACUUUCAUCUCUGUUCCAGGCAUUCUUCCGCAUCUUAAAGCAUGCAUUGCAACCAGUGUCAGAAGCCAGUUCAGUCCCUGGUGCAUCAGGAAGCGUUCCCUUGCUUGCCCCUUGUCUGGAUGGAAUUGGAAAAUUUUCUCAUCUUAUUGACUUGGAUUUUAUGGCUGAUCUCAUGAACUGUCUGCGAAAACUUGCUGGCGGUGGCCAUAAAUCAGAAAAUUCAUCUGAAGAAUCUUGUCAUCUAACGGUGACUGAACGUUUGAGAUGUUGCAUUGUUGCGUUUAAAGUGAUGAGGAACAAUCUUGAUGCUCUCAAUGUUGAUCUACAGGAGUUCUUUGUCCAAUUUUACAAUCUGAUACUAGAGUAUCGACCAGGGAGGGAUCAGGGAGAAGUAUUAGCUGAAGCUCUGAAGAUAAUGUUGUGUGAUGAUAGACAACAUGAUAUGCAAAGGGCUGCAGCCUUUAUAAAGCGAUUGGCUUCGUUUUCGUUAUGUUUUGGGUCUGCGGAGUCCAUGGCGGCAUUGGUCACUGUAAAGCAUCUUCUGCUAAAGAAUGUCAAAUGCCGUAAUCUGUUAGAAAAUGAUGCCGGAGGUGGGUCUGUUGCUGGUGCGAUUGCUAAAUACCAACCUCACGCAGUGGACCCCAACCGAAGUGGUGCGCUGGCUUCUGUUCUUUGGGAGCUCAACCUUUUAACCAAACAUUAUCAUCCAUCUGUCUCAACAAUUGCGUCUAGCAUCUCAACCAUGAACACGACCAAUAACCAGGUGUAUCACACGCACGUCUCCCCACAGAAAGCCUACAUGGACCUAUCAAGGGAAAGCAAGUCCUUCGAUCCGCCUGGCGAUGUGAAAAAAACGAGCGGCAAGAAAAGGAAGGGAAAUGAUAAAGCACUUGUUAAAGCUGGGUCGGACCUCGAUUUGACCUGCCAAAUCGACGAGAAUGAGGUUAGGAAGAAACUUGCUGAACAUUUCUGGUUGAUUCGGGAUAUUAAGGCGAACGAGAGAUUGAGGUCCGAGUUGGACCGUACUGUUAUGUCACUUAAUCUUUACGAACAAUACAAGAAGCAAAAGAAGACGAAAAGGAGAAGGUAA